AUGGCUCUCUUCCUUCUACUUGACUCAAUGAUAACUUUGCAGUUCACCCUGCUGGUGCUUGAGUUGUGGACGAGGUUUCGCAGUAUCAAUGCCAACCUGUUGAAAGUGCUGCCAUCUCGUCGCAGUUUUCUGCAACUGGAAGCGCCUACGUGGCUUCCUUCAGCCACCAGAGUGCGACACCUGCGAGAUGCCUACUUGGCGCUGGCGCGCGCCCUUGACCUCUUGCAGGACCACUUUGGACUCACUGUGGUCUUCGUCGUGGCGAGCAGCCUGGGCGGCGCCACAGCAAAAGCUUACGACUUGCUCUCGAUGCAGUUAAGCUGGCCUUCACAUGGUGUGGUUCAGAUACCGGUAGCAUACUCGCUCAUAUCGAUGGCCUACAACUGUCUCAAGCUGUUGAUGAUGGCGCUGUCGUGUGCAGCAGUCAAGGAUGCUGCUGCGACCACUGGCGUUCUCCUGCUGAGAUCUUCGGUGUCCUGUGGCUGGUGCUGCACCGAUCUGAAAGCCUUCUUGCAGCUGACCAGACACAGCCAUCCACUGUCUUUCAGCGCCGCUGGAUUCUUCACCGUCGACCGACGCCUGCUGGUCUCUGCAGUCGCCGUCCUGGUCACUUAUCUCGUCAUUCUACAACAGAUUGCACCUCAUCAAUAA